GCAGUUCUGUGGUCGGGGUAAGUGUUUUCUCUUUCCCUCCAGCCCUUUCUAGAGUGUGUCUGCAGGAUUCGGAGCUUCUCGGGUGCUGAGAUUUGGAAGAGAACCUUCUCCACCCCUACCAUACGUGUUACAAUUCUUUUCUAUCAGAACUCGGCGUGCGUGUGUGUGACCACGUUUAAUCGUUAAUACAUUUAGAUUCCGAAUCAUAUCCCUUUAAGGCUCUCAGUACUUACCUAUUUAACUUACUUGUUUUAAUACUUACCUAUUUUAAUAGGGCCGAUCCGUUAUCCAUCCCCCCUCCUUUGCAGGGUGGAAGGGAGACACGUGCUUUUCUGGGUGACUUUGGGCAAACCCCUCCCCCUAUCAGGGUGUCAGUUUCCCCAUGUGUAAAGUGAGGGUGUCGACUGUAGUUUACAAGUUUGCCAGCGGCAUGCGAAUUCUUUAAAAAUUCUGAUGUUUGGGGGUGGAGGGCAGGCCCCUGGGUUUUGCAAGCUAGUCUGCUGAUUCUGAUACCUAUGCAGGUGGGGGUGAUCUUCCCCGGGGAUCCUUCCCGCCUUAACGUCCUCUUACUUUCUAGUAGAAGGUGCUAAACUUUAAAAUGGAAACUUAAAAACAGGAGGAAUGCCGCUGUGGGACCACUUUGCAGAGUAGGCUUCAGCAGUUGGGACGGAAUCCAAGCAAUCUCUCUCUCUCUCCUGCUGACCACUGGCUCCCAGGUCUUUGCUUGGUGAAAACAGGAUGGACAGAUUCCUGGUGAAAGGGGCUGUCAGGGGCCUUACGGGAGAGAGCGAAGGAGAGCAGACCAGAGGAGGCCCAGCAGGGGUGGGAGAAGAGGAGGGAAACAGCAGGAAAAAGCCCAGGAGAGCAGCCCCGGGGAAUGGAGUCGACUCCGCACGCCCCAACUGGAGGCACAUUCGAGCCGAGGGCCUGGACUGCGAUUACACGGUCCUGUUUGGCAAAGAGGAAGCAGAUGAGAUUUUCCAAGAGUUGGAGAAAGAAGUGGAGUAUUUUACAGGUACAAAGACGGCUGUGACCACAUCGGUGAGCACAGGGACGAUGAGCGAGAACUGGCCCCUGGGAGCCCCAUCGCCUCUGUCUCCUUCGGGGCAUGCAGAGACUUCUUUUUCCGACACAAGGAUUCCCGAGGGAAGCACCCCUGCCGGAGGCUCAGCGUGGUCAGGCUUCAACUGGCCCACGGAAGCUUACUCAUGAUGAACCCCCCGACCAACACCCACUGGUAUCACAGUCUCCCGGUCCGCAAGAAGGUUCUGGCUCCCCGGGUCAAUUUGACAUUUCGGAGAAUCCUGCCUGCUACCAAGUAAAAAACGUUUUUAACAGUU